CUCUAAUGAUGUGAUUCAGUUCAAUUGCAUUUCAUCUCCUUAUGACUAUCCCAUUGCAUUUGCACCAAGAAAAUCAAUCCCAAUGUGCGGACGAUAUGCAUUAAACGUGCGCAUGAGGUUCAUCCGCAAUCGGAUGCAAGAGCAAGGCCUCCAAGUCGACGACGCACCGCCCGACGACUCAAUCCGCGAGACCUACAACUUCGCUCCCGGCUACAACGGCGCCGUAUACCGCGCCGAGAGUCCCCAUGACGAACACCAGCCUGAAAACGAGCAAGAGGCCCCAGUCCACAAACCCAGCUACAAACUCCAAAGCAUGAAAUGGGGCCUCGUGCCCUCGUGGACCAAGCGCUCGCCCGACUACGGCUCCCUGAUGCGCACGAUCAACUGCCGCGAUGACUCGCUGAUCGAAGACCGCGGCAUGUGGACGUCCAUGAAGCGCAAGAAGCGGUGCAUCGUCAUUUGUCAGGGUUUUUACGAGUGGCUAAAAAAGGGACCCGGCGGGAAGGAGAAGAUCCCGCAUUAUGUGAAGCGGAAGGAUGGCGAGUUGAUGUUCUUUGCUGGGUUGUGGGAUUGUGUUUCGUUUGAGGGCUCUGAAGAGCCGCUCUUUACGUAUACGAUCAUCACGACGUCGUCGAAUCCCUACUUGAAGUUCCUGCAUGAACGGAUGCCUGUGAUCCUAGAGCCAGGCAGCGAGGCUAUGAAGACGUGGUUGGAUCCGAGCCGGACGACGUGGUCGAAGGAUCUCCAAUCUGUGUUGAAGCCCUACGAGGGCGAAUUGGAGUGCUAUGCUGUGCCCAAGGAAGUCGGCAAAGUGGGAAACAACUCGCCUAAUUUCAUAGUUCCCGUGGCUAGCAAGGAGAAUAAGAACAACAUCGCGAAUUUCUUCGCCAACGCGAAGGAAAAGAAAACUGAGCCGGCUGUUGUGGAGAAACAAGCACCGACGCAGGAGCCGAAAGUCGAGGAAGAUGAGGACGAGAAGAGAUCCACGAAGGAUAAUGAAUGGAGCGAGGAUAAUGCUCCAAAACCAGAACCGGGUGUUAAGAGGGAGCAUGAUGAGUCAGGGCUAGGUGAGGGUGCAGACACAGACGAACAUCAGAAGAAACCGAAGCUCGAGGCACAUACUCCGUCGCCGCAAAAGGCCCGUGGGCAGCUCUCGCCGUCGCCGUCGCAAGGGCAGACUAUGCACUCAGGGAGGAAGACACGCAGUGCCACUCAUAACCAGAAAACACCGAAGAAAGCAGACGGAAAGAAGGCGUCAGAUGGCUCGCAGCGGAUCACGAAGUUUUUUGGUAAAUGAUCAUUUUCUAGUUCGCAUAUCUCGGGAGAUUGUUAUGGUUGGGGAUGAGGGCUGGUCCCGUAUAGUAAUGCUUGUGGAGAUGAGAUAAUUUUAAUUUGACACUACCCGGCAGG